UGCUUUCUCACAAUUAAGCAGCGCCUCAGUUUACAGGUCGGACACAACAAAGCAACAACUCGUCUCUUUUUUUAUUUGCGCUGCCCCGGAUAUUCCGAGCUAAAACAUGGCUCUUUAAACUCGUGAAGUUGUUGGACCCGAGAAGAAGUCGUGCUUUGCUUUAGCAACGCACCCCCAAGUGCUCUACAUUUUUCUCUGCAAUAAUGGAGUUUCAUUAUGCUCACCCAGCCCUGCUCUCUGUGGCCCAUCUGUCAGACCCUGCUUGCUCUCAACAUAUGUUUGGACUUGGACUGAAUCAAAGCACCAACAGACAAAAUGAUGGCAACAUCAGCUCCUGUUUGGAAGACUCUUCGUGUCUGCCCGGCAGACCCCCUCGCUCUCUCUCACCCACAGGCUAACCACAGCCAAUCACAGGGGUGCAGGGGGGAGGUGUCAGAGGAGAGUCAGCACUUAAUUGGUGAUGGUCUCACUGACUGGAUGACGGAAGAAGUGGAUUUCUCCUCGUACCUCCCAAACCCUCCUUCCCCUCCCUCCUCCACCAAUGCCUCCCUUCCCCCUUCACCCCUUCAGAAUGAUAUCCAGGUGCCCUCUGACUUGGAGGUCAUGACCUCUCUGCUGCAAGAGGAACUCGCCCAACUAGAGGACUACUUCCUGUCUGAACCACUGCCAGAGAAAGGGCCGAGGCUGGGAAAAUGCGACAGGGGUCCACUGCCGGCGGGUCCUCAGCCGUACAGUCAGCUGCCAUACGCAUCAUACUCUACAUCCAACCAAUCGGAAUCCAGCCCACUUCUUGUUACCCUGGCAACGGGAGAACUGGACCUGCUCAGUAUCUGUGGCGGGCCCAUUGGGCGAUCCAAAAUUCCAAGACACGCCCCAUAUAGCUGCAGUCGCCCCAGUGGGUGUGGUAGGAAAAAAGUUCCUGAUGGUGUGAGGUUCAGUGAAGGCUACGAUAACAGUUUAUUGAGUUCCAAAGGAAGUAACUCAGGUAACUCAGCGGUGACCCUUACAGGUAACUAUGGCUGUGUAGAGGACGAGCAGCUGGUAGGGAAAAGCUACUGUCUGGGUAGUGCAGUCGAGGUCAGAAGAUGUGCCGUUCUACCGAAAGAAGAGAAGAAUUGCUGUUUCAGUCAAGAUGUCAUAGGUGGUGCAAAGGUUGUUGGUGGUGGAUUUGGCUUUGGUGGAUCACUUGAUGUCCCACAUAAGAAAGAGGAUCUGCUGAUGUAUAGCAUGAGGGAGGUCAGCGGAGGCACUGGCAACAACGAGGUGCUGAAUAGUAUCAAAACUAGUGUGGAGGUGACAAAAGCCACUGUGUCUUGGAAAUCAGAGAGCAGCGAAGGUUGUUACCUUCCAGCAACACCGCAGUCUGAGGCCUAUCAUAGCUUCUUAGGCAACAUCAACGAACAGGUGAAAUCAGAGAGUCUACAGAUAGGGCAACAUGAUUUACACUGUAAUUUCCUGGAGGAUCAGGGCCCAGAGUGUCUUUUAAUGUCUAGGGAGAGUCUGAACUUGGAGUCUUCAGGGCACAGACAAGCAUGCAGGCUGAAGGAAGACAACUGUGAUUUGCAAUACGAUGUGGACAUCAUCCCCGCUGAAGGCGGCGAGCGCAAACAGAAGAAGAGAGAUCAGAACAAAACUGCCGCUCACAGGUAUCGCCAGCGAAAAAGGGCGGAGCUAGAUUCUUUGGAGGAACAGUUGCAUUGCCUUGAAGGGAGGAACCGGGAGCUCCGGGACAAGGCAGAGUCGGUAGAACGAGAAAUCCAGUAUGUCAAAGACCUGCUGAUUGAAGUUUACAAGGCCCGCAGCCAAAGGCACAAGCAGGACACCACAGCAUAACACCAAGCUCCUGCAAGUACUCUUAAAGGGGGCGGAACAGGGAAAAUGUUGGUGUCUUUAAGAUUGUUAAUUUUUUUUUUUAAUGGCGGGCGGGGUAAAUGCAUGCUUUGCUAACGUGAAUUAUUUUUUACCUUUUAAACCAACACCCCUAUCCAAUGCUUCCAUUGCUUUCGCACUCUGAUCACUUGAGCGUGCACUGUGGCAUUCCAAUGCUUUAAAUGACAAUCAUGUUUAAUAGAUCUCGCACUGCGUGAAUCUACUAAUUGAAACACGGUUAUUUCUGAAGAAGUAAUGUUAUUCAUUAUGCAGGUUUAAUAUUUUUAAUAGCCUUACAUUGGAAUUGAUGUCAGCAAUAGAAUUUAUUAUUGUUUUUUUAUUUGUUUUUAUUUGCCAUGACAUUUUCAGUAGUUGAAGUAGACAAAUAUGUUGUUGUUGUUGUUGUUGUUGUCCACAUGUGAAACAGCAUCAUUUCAUUUUGAGCACAUCUUUCAAACCUCCCUUGAACGGCAGAUAUUUAAAAUGCUAUGAAUAUUUUAAAAUAUUGAAAUUGCGGUUGAAGAUGUAUUGACUUUAACAUUGCGGAAAAGAACCGCUGAUAUACAGAAGAGCAAACAACUUUUCGUCAUCCACCUUAGCAAAAAUCGACCAUUUUUAUCAUUGACUUCAGGUUUAGUGCAGCCCUAAAUAAUCAUUAGUUAUUCUGAUUCGUACGUUUUGAGCAUGUAGUUCUUUUUUUCCUUUUUCGUUUUUCUAAAGGUCAAACAUCUACAUUUUACCCUGCUUUGUUAGACACGUUACUUUGUCUGCUGUAUUUACGUUUGUUUUAUUUUCUGGAUUUUUGUAUAAUUUUAAAAAACAAAUUACUUAUUUGUUUCCAGCAGCGAUUAAAAAUAAUAUCCAAAUAAAACAUUCUGUGACCAAAAUAGAACUUAUUUAUCAUUUGCACUGUUUUGAAGGUGGAAGCAUUUUAUUGUGUUUGUGACGAUUUGUAAAACUGUCUUCUUUUGCAUAUUGCAAAUUAAAUUAAUCAAUUUUUGCAGCUCAGGAUAUGCAAUUUGUCCUCCAGUCCUACAAAUGUCAGUGGAUGAUUGAGACUACUGUCCUUUUUUAUUUCACUGCUACUGACUUACAAAUUUUCCUGUUUGAUGUAAAAAAAAAAAAAAAAAAGAAGAAGAAAAAAAAGGCUUUCCUUAUUGUACAAAUAUUGUAACUUGUGGAGAUUUAGCAGCCUCCUUCUGCAUGUUUUACCAUUAACAUACUCUCUCUCUCUUGGAAUAGAAAAUGUAGGAUUUUAGAAACAGGUCUGAGAUUCUUUCUCUACACUGCUUGUUAAGGCAAUAAGUUUUAUAGGCCUCUGGCUGAUCUGCACUAAUUUGUAACAACUUUUGUAUGUUCAGGGAGCGUGUUAGUCUUUCCUUUGUAGAAAAUGAACUGGAAAAAAAAACCUCAUUAGAUUAUUUGUUGAGGCUUUUGCAGUGUUAGCUUUGGUGUAAGAGGAUACUGUCUGAGUUAUUUUACAAUUAAUUUGUUGCUAAGCAAAUAACCACUACUGUUACUGCCUAUACCGAGGAUAGAUUUCUUUCUAUGCAUAUUUAUUUUAGACAAUCUUGGAUAUGAGCGCUGACUUAUAGACAUGUAUUUAUAACGUUUGUCCAGCUUUUGGAAAGAAAUUCAUGUCACAUUGUUUGAACCCCCCUGCGGUGUACUAUCAACUCCGAUUGUUGAAACCAAAAAUGUGUGAUGACAGAACAUUAUAACGCUUUGUAAUGUCAAGUUCAUUUACUCAUAUACGCAUAUUUACUUUGUGUGAUGUCAACUCUUUUUUUUUUCCUUUAAAAAAAUAAAGUGUGUCUCCAACUCA